UCUUAACCUCUCCGGUCUUCGAUUUUCUUUUUUAAGAGUCAUUUUAGAGAAUUUUCCAUCUGUCUUAGUCAUACACCCUAACUGAGGAUUUGGACCUAAACAUAAUUUUUUAUUAAAAAAAAUAUAUGUUAGAAUUUAAAUGCAAGCAUUGAUUUUGAAACAGCAUUGACACGGUGUAACUUCCCGGGCAUUACGAUUUGUGGCUGGAAGCGGAAGUUAAAAGCGGUCCACAAGCUAACCUACAAAGACACGAGGGUCUAGAAUCACUUUUUUCCCCCCAAUUAAAAGAGAAUUAGCAGUCUGGUAUCUUCAAGCCUUCACUCUGCGGAACUUUCUGCCGGAGGCUACAGCUCCUAUGAUUUCGAGAAGGACCGGCCCAGGUGCAACUGUUAACUGAAAGGCGGAAGAGGAGGUGGAACCUGAACAAGGUAUGAGCCACUCAGAGGCAGCCCCGGGCCGCCACUUACCUCGGGGAGGAGGAGUUGGCAUUUGGACUGAGAGGAAACAGGAGCCGGGACCGGCCAGGUAAGGAGAGGAAGAGCCGGCGCACUCACCUCGGAAGGGGCGGAGCCGCAUCCGUGGGUUACCUGCAGGGCGGAGCCGGCUAGGAUAGCUUGGGCGGAGACGGAACUGAAGGGUCUGGUUACCACACGAAGAACCUGAACUAAGACUCACCGAGCGGGAGGCGGGGCCAGCGCAAGGACUCACCUGAGCCGGCGAGAAACCAGACCGGGUGUAGCCCCGGACUCACCCAACGCGGAGGGGGAGGUCCCAGCGGCAGGCCCCACCUGAGCGACCCCCCGUCCGUCAGUCCGUCGGCCCGUCCCGCGCUGGUCGCCAUGACCUGGAGCGUGACGGCGCGGGGCGCCCACCAGCCGGACAACACUGCGUUCACGCAGCAGCGCCUCCCGGCCUGGCAGCCGCUGCUGUCCGCCAGCAUCGCGCUGCCGCUCUUCUUCUGCGCCGGCCUGGCCUUCAUCGGCCUGGGCCUGGGCCUCUACUACACCUCCAACGGCAUCAAGGAGCUCGAGUACGACUACACCGGCAACUCGGGGACCAGCAAUUGCUCGGUGUGCGCCGCGGCCGCCGAGGGCCGCGCGCCGCCGCCUAGCUGCCAGUGCGCCUGGUACUUCUCGCUGCCGGAGCUCUUCCAGGGCCCGGUGUUCCUCUACUACGAGCUCUCCAACUUCUACCAGAACUACCGGCGCUACGUCGUGUCCCGCGACGACGCGCAGCUGAGCGGGCUGCAGAGCGCGCUGCGCCAGCCGAUCAACGAGUGCGCCCCCUACCAGUACAGCGCCGGCGGCCUGCCCAUCGCACCCUGCGGCGCCAUCGCCAACAGCCUCUUCAACGACUCCUUCUCGCUGUGGCACCAGCGCUCGGCCGGCGGGCCCUACGUCGAGGUGCCGCUCGACCGCACCGGCAUCGCCUGGUGGAGCGACUACCACGUCAAGUUCCGCAACCCGCCGCUGGUGAACGGCAGCCUGGCGCUGGCCUUCCAGGGCACGGCGCCCCCGCCCAACUGGCCCAGGCCGGUCUACGAGCUCAGCUCCGACCCCAACAACACCGGCUUCAUCAACCAGGACUUCGUGGUGUGGAUGCGCACGGCGGCGCUGCCCACGUUCCGCAAGCUGUACGCGCGCAUCCGCCAGGGCAACUACACGGCCGGCCUGCCGCGGGGCGCCUACCGCGUCAACAUCACCUACAACUACCCGGUGACGGCCUUCGGCGGCCACAAGCGCAUCAUCUUCAGCAGCAUCUCGUGGAUGGGCGGCAAAAACCCCUUCUUGGGCAUCGCCUACCUGGUGGUCGGCUCCCUCUGCAUCCUCACAGGCUUUGUCAUGCUGGUCGUCUACAUUCGCUACCAGGACCAGAACGACGACGACGACGACGAGGAGUAGUUCCUACUUCUUGCUAAAACUCUCUCGCAAGCUUCUUUUGGCCAUCUCCUCCUCCCUUCUCGCACAAUUCCAACCUUGCCUCCCUUUUCCGGUUCUUGGGAAUGAGAAGCCAGAGAAAGGAAUCCCACCGAAUUGGGGCUGCCAGACAUCCUCCCUGCGUUGUUCGGACUGCAGAGUGAAACAUCCUUGGACAUUUCCCCAUCAUUAGAUCCUUACAGUCUGUAACAUUUGAGAGCAGAGGGGAGUAGAGACUCCUUAUCGGAUGGAGAGACUGAGACCAUCCAAUAACGAGUUGUGUUCUUUUAGAUAACUCAUUCAAGAUCAAGCAGCUGCUUAUUGGUUCCUGACUCCUGAAUCUAGAGCUUUUGCCACUACAGUCCAGUGAUUUUCUUAUUCUUCCUUUCCUUUUUUGUGGAGAGGUGAGGUGGGGAGAGGAAGGGGAGGUGUAGAGUGAGGCCUACAGGUAACCUGCCAAGGCGUGGAGGGAUGGGGGAGAACACAUGGGCUUGGAGGCACCGUCCCCAGAGAUUCUGACGCAAUAAGGCUAGAGCCCUUGAAACUGUGUUUUAAUAAGCUCCUCUGGAGAGUCCUAUAUUCCUUCAAGCUUGGCAAUCACUGCCCUGACCAGGGAGCAAAUAGAAUACUGAUGUUUCCCCGUUUUCUCCUGUAUCUGAGGUUGAAACUGAAGCUGUUAAAACAGCCACCUAGUCCAGGCUUUCAGGCAGUAAUUCCUUCCUAGGGAGAGUGACAAUCACAGUUUUGCAGGUUUGGUUUAGCACAUCCCCUUGAACAUGUUGUGUGCCAUGGAGUCGAUUGGACUCAUAGCAUCCCUAUAGGGCAGAGUAGAACAGACAAGGUUUCCUAGGCUGUAAUCUUUAUGGAGCAGAUUGCCAGGUCCUUCUCCUGCCGAGUGGCUGGUGGGUUUGAACCGCCUACCUUUAGGUUAGCAGCCAGUGCUUAACCACUGCACCACCAGGGCUCCUUCCCUUGAACGCAGGAAGCUCUAACUGAUUUGUGGAAUGAAUAGGAAAAAAAAAAAUGCUAUCUCUAAUUGAAUUAGUUGUCAUACAAAUUUGCAGGGCAGGGUUUGUAUCAAUUAAUAUUGGAGUUAAAAAAAAGAAAAAAGCUAUACCAGGUACUGUGUAGAAAAUUGAAAAUUUUAACCUUAGAAUCAGAGAGUUGGAAGAGAUCUUAGAGAGAAAGUGACUUUCCUAAAGUCAUAUCUGCAUCUUCUGACUCCUGGCUCAGUUCUCCGUGCCAUCUGACUUUUUUAUAUGCUUAAAGAGAAAUGGUUUCAUUCAUACCUUUUCCCUUGGAUCAGAGAGAAAACUUUUUAAUUCAUGUUCUCAGAAGAAGGAUGUUUGUUUCCAAUAAUCAUGUUUGAAUGAAUGCUAAGGAGUAUAGAGUUUUAUAUGUAAACUGGAAUCUUGAGAAUUAUUUGAACCUCUGAGAUAAUUUUCAAAUCUGGACUAUUCUAUAGUCAUCCUAAUAUGUAUAAAGUUACUCUAAGAAGCAAUAAAAUAUUAAAAACAAAAUUUCCUUUCAUAGCAAAAUAACUUAAAGGAACUUAAAAAAAAAAAAAAACUCUGUGAUAUCAUCUUAACCAGUUUAUUUCCUGAAAGCAAGCAGUAUUUAGUGUUCUGUCAGACAGAAUUCUCCAGAACCUGCUCUCUAUUACAACUACUUUCCAGCAGUCCCUUACAACAUUUUUAGAACAUUCAGUCCAUUACUAUAAAAUCUUAAAUGAGACCAUGAAACUUAAGGUAUUCUGACUAAAAUACUGAAUAUGAUUCCAACCCCUUACUUUGAGUUACCAAAAGUGAA